AUGAGGCCCCUCGCGCUCGUCCUCCUUGCCGUCGCGUCUCCUGUGCUCGCUGCCGUCCACGAGCUCUGGUGGGACAUCACCUACGUCGACAAUGCCAAUCCCGACGGCCUUCACCCACGCCGCGUCAUCGGCGUAAACGGAACCUGGCCGCCUCCCCCCAUCGACGUAACGACGAACGACACACUACUCGUUCACGCGACGAACCGACUCGACCUCCCCACUUCGCUCCAUCACCACGGCAUGUUCUUCAACUCCACCUCCUGGAUGGACGGUGCUGUCGGUGUCUCCCAAUGUGGUAUUCCUCCGAACGCGACCUUUGAUUACGUCGUGCCCGUCAAUAGCUCGGGCCAGUGGGGUACCUACUGGGUCCAUGCGCACGCCUCUGGUCAAUACGUCGAUGGUCUCCGUGCGCCCGUCGUUAUUCACCCUGGAAAGGAGGCCCACGCGUACGACGAAGAAUUCACCGUCGUGCUCGGCGACUGGUACCAUGAUCAGCACUCAGACCUCCUGGCCGAGUUUGUCAGCAUCGCCAACCCAGGCGGGGCCGAACCUGUGCCCGACUCCGCCCUCAUCUACUUCGCGCAAAAUGCCACAUACCUUGGGCCUAUCAGCGGCACGAACCCAGACCCUGUGACGAGCGCGGUCGGGUUCAACGAGAAUGCGACACUUCCGUUCCAGCCUGGAAAAACCUACCGUCUGCGUAUCGUGAACACCAGUGCUUUCUCUGCGUUCUUCUUCUGGAUUGACGGUCACGACAUGCGUAUCAUUGAGGCCGACGGUACGGAUGUGGAAGAGUUUCCCAUCGACUUGAUCGCCAUUACUGUCGCCCAACGUUAUUCUGUUCUCGUAACGGCGCGCAACGACACGUCUUCUAACUGGGCUAUCCAUGCGAACAUGGACACCGACAUGUUCGAUACCGUCCCAGAUACCUUGAACCCUAACGUCACAUCCUCAAUCACAUACGACUCCUCCACCUCCCAUACCACCUCUGGAACCGUCGACGAGUACCAUGGCGUCGAUGAUCUCUCCCUCGUACCCCUGGUUGCCAAGGCUUUGCCUGCCGCAGACCGCACGAUCGAGCUGGAGGUUCUCUUCGAUACCAUGGAAGACGGCACGAACCACGCCAUGUUCAACAUGAUUACAUAUAACUCCCCGCUCGUUCCCGCGAUUAUGUCGGAGGUCAGCUUAGGCUCGAACGCGACAAUCGCCAGCGCCUACGGACCCACGAGCUUCGUCAUUGACCAUCUGGACGUGUUCGACAUUGUACUCAAGAACGGCGAUGCCGGCAAGCACCCCUUCCACUUGCACGGACACACGAUGCAGCUCGUCGGCCGCUCGACUGACUACACCUCAGACGACCCGACGCUAAACCCGCCCCUGAACGAGAGCCAGCCGAACCCAAUGCGGCGCGACACCGUGCAAGUCCCCUCGGGCGAGUCCGUCACGCUCCGCGUCGUCGCCGACAACCCCGGCGCCUGGUUCUUCCACUGCCACAUUGAGUGGCACCUCGAAGUCGGGCUCGCGGUGCAGUUCAUCGAGGCGCCGCUCCAGGCGCAAGAGCGCGCCGCGCUCCCCUCGUUCAUGUACGACCAGUGCGCCGCGCUCGGGAAGCCCACCUCGGGCAACGCCGCCGGGCACGCGUCCGCGACGGACCUCGCCGGGCUCCCGCUCGGGCCGUUCCCGCAGAACAACGGCUGGCACGCGAGGGGGAUCGGCGCGAUGGCCGGGUGCGUGCUCACGGUGGUGCUCGGGAUGGCGAGCGUGGCGUGGUACACGCUGGGCGGGCAAGCAACGGACGAAGAGAUGGAGCAAGAGCAGAGGGAGAGGCAGGAGGCGAAAGCGAAGCGGGGGAGGUUCUUUGGGCUUGUGAAGGGCAAGGAGGCCUAA